UCGUCUGUCUCCUUCCCUUCCCUUCCUUUCCAAAUUUCGAAAUCCAAUCUAUGGCCGGCGGCGGCCGUGGCCGCAGGGGCACGAGGCCGGCGGCCGGCGAUCGCGAGGAGGGAGGGGGCAAGGAAGAGUGGCUCCGCAUCUACGACGGCAUCGUGGCGAUGCUGCGCAAGACCCAGGCGCAGGCGGAGGACCUCGCCGCCGAGCGCGACCACCUCGCCGCCUUCGUCAAGAUCCAGCACGAGUUCCUCGUCUCCCGCGUCUACCGCCUCCAGGCCACCCUGCAGAAGGCGCGGAAGGUGGACGCCAUCACGAGGAGGUACGAGGCGGCCAACAUGGAGGUGCUUCUUGGGGACAAGGAGCGGGAGGCGCGCUGCUACCAAAAGCUCGCCGAGCUCACAGAGGAUGAUUUGGAGGACUUCAAAACUUCUCUAACUGCUUUGGCCACAGAAAACUAUGAACUGAAGGUAAAACUGAAGGAAAUGGAAAGUCGUGUGGAGCUUAAUGAAAGCACUGUUGAUCACAUUCACAGUCCAAGAGAUUUAAGAGCAGAGAUAAGAAAACUAAAGCAAGCCUACAAGACCCUGAGCUCAAAGAAGGACACAGAAAUUUUUGCAUUACGUGCAGAAAAAGAUUUUGUGUGGAACCAGUUGAGGGUAAUGGAGAAGGACUAUACUGGUCUCCUUAAGAAGAAAAAGAUAGAGGCAGCCCAAGCUACUGAAGCUGCACAAAAACUCCAGAAGAGUUUAGAAGAGUUGCAGGAUCAAAACAAGGACAAUGAGAUCGGCCGAUCACAAGCAGAAGCAGUUGAUGCCAAAAAGAAUAUAUUGAUUCUUGAGGAUAAGCUACAGGAAAUGCUUUCCUUGGUUAAGGAGAAGGAUCUGGAAAUUGAAAAACUCAAACAUGGUCAGGCUAAGACUAGCCAGAGCAACACAAGGGACAGCAAUCAGACACACAGAAAAACCAGGUCCCUAGGCCCUCCUUCAAGGGACAAAUCAACAAGUUCACAGGCUACUCCAGUUGGGAGAAAAGUGAAGACUUCCAGACAGUAUGCAUCAAGUGCAAGACAACCACAAGAGAAAUCAAGACAUAAUUCUCGUAGGCAAAAGGUAGAAGAAGGAGAUAAGUCUGAUGUUGGUCAAAAGCGGAAGCGUGCUUCGCCGUUAUCAAAUGGUCUGCGGCGGUGUUCUGCAAGGCAGCAAGGGAAAGCCCCGGCGUCUCCAGCAGUUCAGCCAUUGCUCUUCUCCCCAAGUUUCAAGGUUCCAAAGGUGAAGACCCCAGUUCCUCAAUAGCCCUCAAGUAGCCACUGUAGGUCUGGUAUCCUGACAUGUGCAGCUGUUGAUAGAAAUUGGUACUGUCAGUUGAUGAGGCUGCUAACCUUAUUUCCUGGGAAUUGCAUUCCCUCUAUGCUCCCAGUAUGUUAGUAGUGUGUUUGUGUUGUAGCUUAGCAGCUGUGGAACAAAAGAAAUGUUGCCGCUGCUAGAACGAAUUUUCAUUUCUGUGGAAAUGCGAUGUGUAUUAUUUAUGCA